CUGAGUGUUCAGGAGUUUCUGGCUGCUCUUCAUGUCCAUCUGACCUUCAUCAACUCUGGAAUUAAUGUGCUGGAAGAACAACAAACAACCUCCCAGAAGUCUGAAAUGGGACAAUCUACACUUAAGCACUUCCACCAGAGUGCUGUGGACAAGGCUUUACAGAGUCCAAAUGGACACCUGGACUUGUUCCUCCGCUUCCUUCUGGGUCUUUCAUUACAGAACAGUCUGAUUCUCCUACGAGGAAUGCUCACACAGACAGGAAGAAACUCACAGAGCAGUCAGGAAACAGUCCAGUACAUCAAGAAGAAGCUCAGUGAGAAUCUGUCUGCAGAGAAAAGCAUCAAUCUGUUCCACUGUCUGAAUGAACUGAAUGAUCGUUCUCUAGUGGAGGAGAUCCAACAGUGCCUGACAUCAGGAAGUCUCUCCACGGAGAAACUUUCUCCUGCUCAGUGGUCAGCUCUGGUCUUCAUUUUACUGUCAUCAGAAAAAGAUCUGGAUGUGUUUGACCUGAAGAAAUACUCUGCUUCAGAGGAGGCUCUUCUAAAACUCCUACCGGUGAUCAAAGCCUCCAACAAAGCUCUGCUGAGCAUCUGUGAACUUUCAGAGAGAAGCUGUAGAGCUCUGUCCUCAGUUCUCACCUCCCAGUCCUCAAGCCUGAGAGAGCUGGACCUGAGUAACAAUAGCAUGGAGGAUUCCGGAGUGAAGCUUCUGUCUGAAGCAGUGGAGAGUCCACAUUGUAAACUGAGAACUCUGAGACUGAGUCUUUGUAACCUCUCAUUGAGAAGCUCUGACAGUCUUUCUGCUGGACUGCAGAAUCUGAACUGCAAGCUGACUAGUCUGAGACUGAGCGCCUGUAACCUCUCAGAGAGAAGCUAUCAAGCUCUGUCGUCGUUUCUUAGCUCCCGGUCCUCUAGUCUGAGAGAGCUGGACCUGAGUAGCAACAAUGUGCACGAUUCAGGCGUGAAGCUUCUGUCUGGCGCAGUGGAGACUCCACAAUGUAGACUUAAAACUCUCAGUCUGUCAGGCUGUUUGGUCACAGCAGAUGGCUGUACUUUUCUGGCCUCAGCUCUGAGCUCCAACCCCUCCCAUUUGAAAGAGCUGGACCUGAGCUACAAUCAUCCAGGGUUUUCAGGAAAAAAGCUGCUGCUGGCUGGACUGAAGAAUCCACGCUGGAGACUUAAGACUCUCAGGGUGGAGCCUGCUGGAGUCCGAUGGUUAAAACCAGGUCUGAGGAAGUCGAGUCCUGCAUUUAGGUCCUCUCUUCUCUCUCACCACACCACACCACGAUGCUGACAGAAUGACGAGACUCGUGCUGCGAAGACAUGAUAUGAACCCAGUGGACCUCGAAUUAUACCAAUGGCAGCAGGCAGCAUUCUUCUUUCUGGAAAGAGAGCUGGGGGUUAAUCUGUGGCUUAUGCUCCAAAAUGAGCAGUCUUUGAGGGAAUUCAUCUGGCUCUGGAGAGUCCUUGAAGGCACUGCAGUCCUCCACCUGCUGCCUCACCUGCACGCGAGCCUUAGCCAUGGGAAAUAGGCGCCAGCCGCUGAUCUCCAGCUGCUUGGUCCUCGUGCGUCCACCUACUGCCUCAUUCACUAGCACUCCCACCUUGUCGUGGCAAAGCGGCUCCACCUCCCAUCUCAUCCUGAUGGAGGUUACAUCAUUCAGCAGGUCUGUUGUUUCUGUCAAGAGGAGGCAAAGCUCCCGCUGCUGCCGCUGCUCUCGCAAGCAGCAAUAUCUGGUGGUGAGUGAGUCAGACAUUUUUCUUCAUUUUCACCAUGAGCCAAAGACUCCUCCUCACCAUAGACCAAAUACCCUUUCUUCUACUAAAAAAGCCAGUGAUUGGUUAUUGUCAACCUAUGGUGGAUUGUCAAAAAAAAUGUAAUUACCACCCUGCACCCAUAAAAACUGUUUUUCCCUUUUAGGCUUCACAAAGGACAUUCUUAAGUCCAGAUCUGAUCAGUUCUUUCAUCCUGUCUCCAUGCCAAGACCUGUCUCCCAGUCCCAAGACCUGUCUCUCAGCCUGCUCCUGUUCACAGUGCCGUUAGGGCCCAGCCAGUCCCUGUACCACUCCGCGGGCAGAUAGCGCUCAGCAUUUUUCCCCGCACCCUUGCCAGUUCCUCGGGUAGGGGCAACUGACGUCCAGCCGUCACCCAUUCCCAUGCCUGCUCCCAGGGCAAGGACAGCUGAGACCCAGUCCACUCCAGCACCCAUACCUGUUCCCCGGGCUUGGGUGACUGGUGUCCAGCCAGCUCCUGCACCUGUCCCUACACCUAAGGUGAGGGAAGCCACUCAACCCAUCCCUGCAUCCAUACUUGUUUCUUGAGUUGGGACGGCUAGGGUCUGGCCAAUUCCAACACCUGUUCCGGUGCCAAGUCUCCACCAGAGGUUUCCCACCUGUGGGUCCUGCUUUUUCUCCACUAGAGAGCUUUGCCAAAUCACGCCACCAGCAACCUUCCCACCUGUUAGAGGUGUCCCAUCACCUCUGCUGGUCCACAGUGGAGCAUCGCGGGUGCUGCCGCUGGCCACACAACCACCCACCUGAACUAAUUUGUCUAUGGCACUGGCCACACAGUUGCCCACUCGAACGGAUUCAUGCGGUCAUCCACCCAAACUAAAUCAUCUUAGCAACUGGUCACGCAGCCGCCCACCGAAACUCAUUUAUUUUUAACUCAUUAUCCAGUAUAUUUAAGUCAUCAGUUUUCCUCAGUUACUUGUCUUGUCCUCUAAUCUGCAUGUGUGUUUUCUGGUUCAGUUCAGUCCACCAGUCAUUCAGUUUCAGUCAGUUUAUGUUCUGUCCAUCCAGUCCUUGCAAUAAACACCAUCCACAUCCUCAAUCUGCCUGCAAGUCCUCCAGUUGGGUCCUCUCUUCUCUCUCACCACACCACACCACAACACUGACAUCUUCAAACUGUCACAUCACUGAUUUACAUCUCCGAUGUCAGUAGUCAUCAUCAAAGUGUUAAUCAAUGAACAGAUGAUGGAUCCAUAACUGCAGUUGGAUUGUGUUUGUUCUCUCCAUCAGAUUCCUGUCAACUCACAAUCGACACAAACACAGUAAAUAGAAACCUCAAACUGUCUGACAACAACAGGAAGGUGACACAUAAUAUUAUGGAGGUUCAGUCAUAUCCUGAUCAUC